AUGGCCAACACAAAAAAACUCCUUGGCCUUGUGGUCUUUGUCGCCUGGGCUGAGGCAUUCUGGAGAAUGUCGUGCAGCAUUAUCCAAACUGGAAGAGUUGACCCAAUCAUCGCCCCUGGGACAUUCUCAGCACAUGUUCACAAACUCUCUGGUGCCAGCAAUAUCGGCAUCGACUCUACAUUCGAAAGCCUACAAGCCUCGAGAUGUACUUCUUGUGAGGUGCAAGACGAUAAGUCGGCCUACUGGACACCACAGCUGUUCUACCAGCAUGCCAAUGGUAGCUUCCAGAUGGUGCCAAAUGGCGGCACUGUCAUUUACUAUCUCGGCCGCGGCGAGAAUAGAUCCAACAUCGAGCCAUUCCCUCCAGGCUUCAAGAUGUUGUCGGGAGACAACUUUGUCCGAUCAUACGACUCCAAGAACAAGACAUACAGCAACGCCAGGUUUAAAGGUCGUCCAAUCGCAGACAGAGUUAGCUUUGCGUGCCUUGAUAGCUCUGGGCCUUCAAAAGAGCGCAACUACAUGUGGAAAACGGACUGCGACAAUGGCAUGAGAGCCCAGAUUCACUUCCAGUCGUGCUGGAAUGGCCAAGAGUACCAACGUAACCAGAGUCAUGUCGCCUACUUGUCACAGAUAGACAAUGGAAUCUGUCCUCCGAGCCACCCGCGACAGCUCCCACACCUUUUCUUCGAGGUCAUUUAUGGCGUCAAUAAUAUUGACAAGAGCAAAGGUGGAAGAUUUGUCUUUGCAAACGGCGAUACAACCGGGUAUGCGUUCCACGGCGACUUUCUCAAUGGCUGGAAUGAGGCUGUGCUCGCGGCUGCCGUCAAGAAGUGCCUCAACAACGACAGUAUCAAUGGCCAGAUAUCUAAAUGUCCUGUGCUCGCUGCUUCGCAAACACCCUACUUUGACGACAACUGUCCCGAGAUGGCACCCCUUGUUGACGAGAACGUCCGAGGCAUGCUUGAUGCUCUUCCAGGUUGUAUCAAGCCCUUCAGUGGCCCAGGAAGAGCGUCACCGGUGGUAUGCGACUCGAAACCCGCUAUCAACGAUCUCGGAGACGCAGGUCUUGGGUCCAUGUUUGAUCCCUCUCCAGGUGACAUGGUUGGUUCAUGGUCUUAUGUCGGUUGUGCUGCUGAAGGCACUAGCCGAACACUGAACAAAUAUGCCACAAACUCGGGCCAAAUGUCUAUUGAGUAUUGUACAGCAUCAUGCAAAGCUCAAGGAUAUCCCCUCACUGGUAUGGAAUGGGGUAAAGAGUGCUAUUGCGCUGGCGAACUCACCUCUGGCGCAUCAUACAUGAAAGCCUCAACCUGCUCAUCUACUAGAAAGAUGAUAUGCGUGGGCAACAUGACACAAUAUUGCGGAGGGCCUGGUCUUCUCACCAUCUGGAAAGAUACUUCUUACACGCCGCCCGUUGAGCUUGUUGUCGGCCAGACCCAAAUUGCGAAGGGCAUGGCCACUUACCAAGGCUGCUGGGCUGAAGGCAGCUCUGGAAGGGCGCUCUCAUCGGAUCGAACUGCAGAUUCUGUAGGAAUGACCAACGAGAAGUGCGUUGCGUUCUGUCAAGCGGGUGGUUGGGCGUAUGCUGGCACCGAGUAUUCGCAAGAAUGCUACUGUGGCAACGACAUCGGCAAUGGUGGAUACGACCUGAACGAUAUCUCCCAAUGCUCGAUGCAGUGCAAAGGAAACAUUUUUAGUUACUGCGGCGCAGGCAACAGACUGAGCGUCUGGAAGAUCAAGCCGGCUGAAAAGCCUACAGGACCGAUCACAGCAGUUAAUGGCGCUGCCCUCUGGACUGGCUGUUAUACAGACGGAGGAGCAGGCGGACGCACACUGCCGAGUGCUUCAUUCACAGGAUCGUCCGUUUCGAUCGAUACAUGUUUUGCAUUCUGCAACAAGCUCAACUACCCGCUGUUUGGCAUGGAGUACGGGCGAGAAUGCUAUUGCGGGUAUGCGCCAAAGACCCAGGCAACUGUUGCACCUGAUGGCGACUGCAAGAUGCCCUGCACAGGCGACUCUACCCAGAAAUGCGGCGCCGGUAAUCGGAUAUCCAUUUGGAAUAACACCAUGUACACUCCAACUGUCAGCACGGAGGGAGUGAACAGUCCCCCCAAGUAUCUCGGCUGCUAUACAGAAGGUGUUGAAGCUCGGGCUCUUGGUGAUGCCAAGACGACCGACAAGAAGAAAAUGACUGUCGAGAUUUGUGCAGCAUUCUGUUCAAGUAAAGGUUAUCCUUAUCUUGGAGUUCAAAAUGGUCAGGAUUGCUACUGCAGCAAGAAGGGACCAUCCAAUGGCAGUGUUGAGGCGCCUGCAUCGCAAUGUGGCAUGACAUGCAAGGGCGAUAAGAAGCAGAAGUGUGGUGCGACCAAACGGCUCAACGUCUACAAGCUUGCCAGGGUAUCCAAGACCAGCUCGACAACGAAGUCGACGGUGAAAGUCGCGGCGGCCAAGGUCCAAGGUCAGAAGCCUGCAUCCAAAUCAACAACACUGUUGAAGGCAACCGCGGCAAAUAAAUCCAAGCCAACACCAAAGACAAAGACCACGUCUACAACCAAACCCAAGACAUCACCAAAGUCUAACAAGGUUACGGUCCAGAGAGUCGCCGCCAAAGCAACCACCACAGCGAAGAGUAAGGGAGAGACGAAAGCAAAGAACAAGAGACCAACUACCACUACAUCAUCAACCAAGUCGAGGAAGACCAAGAGAGCGAGGGUAUGA